AGAAUGGAAUUACAGAAUAUGGUAAUUUAGGGAUUGUGGUCAUGCGCGAGUCCGAAAUAUCUUAAUUGUUAUCAGUGAGGGUUUUCGGGAGGUUUAUGCGUUUUCAUGCACAGAAUUUGCAGAGACGCAAUUUGCAAAUUGGGUCGUACUCAGAUUUUUAAAGGUCUGACUCAGGGCCAACAAUGCAUUGAGGCAGUGGAUUCUCUCACAAAUUGGAGAAUUUUCGGCUCAAAGUCUUCCACCGUCGCGACUAGUGCUUUGACAACGUCGCGCAGUGCAGAUUGGUGUAACGACGUGUCUGUCGUAUCAAUUCAAUCAACAGCUUGGACGGACGACGUCAUGAACGAAGAAGAAGUUGGUAUCUUGUGCUACAUGAAUAAUAUUCCUGGUUUCCGCGGGACGUUGAAGCAGCGGUAUUCUGACUUUGUUGUGAAUGAAAUUGAUCUUACUGGACAAGUAGUCCGACUGACAAGCUUGACUCCUCCACCUGAAAAGAAUUACUCGGAAGAUACUAAAGUUCACGUUAAGGAGGUGCCGCAGGAGUGCGAAGUUGCCCCGGAAGUGCCUGUGGUUGAAGAUGCCAAUCACCUUGAAGCCUUCAAGGCGCUCGUUGGCGAAGAAGAUGCAAUGCAGCUGGAAGGAUUGCUGGCUAAGAUAGCCGAGAACAAAGAGCUGAAGGACCUGGCCCCAAUCUUGCUUGCCCCAGAUUCUGACAAGGCACACAGAGCGGCUAUUCACAAUUUUUUCAAAAGUCGAUUGCCCCACUUGGUUACAGACACUGUGGAUGGACCAGGCCUAGCGACUGAGAAGUGCGUUCGCAUCCGGUAUUUUUCUUCUGGCGGUGGUGCUGGCUCUCGACGGGAUCGGGGCAAUAAAAGAGGUGGAGACUGGAAAGAGAAGCAGUCAAAACGCCAAAAGAGAGGGCCGGCAGAAGCAGCACCAUUUGAUAGUAGGGGAAGAGAUGAUUGGUUAAAGCCGAAAUUUUUGAAAUUUCACCUUUUCAAGGAGAAUAAGAAUACUCAGGAUGCCUUGAUGAUUAUUGGCCGCAUGCUUGGAGUGCAACCCAAAUCGUUUUCCUUCGCAGGUACCAAAGACAAACGAGCCGUCACUACGCAACAGGUAACUGUUUACAAGCAACCAGCAGCGAAAUUGGCUCUACUUAACAAGAAGCUUAUGGGAGUAAAAGUUGGUAACUUCAGCUAUGUAGAUAACUCUCUCGGCCUUGGUGAGCUUUCGGGCAAUCAGUUUACGAUCACUUUACGCAACGUCAUUGCGGAGGAUGAUGGCGUUAUCUCAGAGGCAUCAGAGAGCUUGAAAGAGAGGGGCUUUGUCAAUUAUUAUGGGCUACAGAGGUUUGGAAGCGGUUCCGUACCGACACACACUGUGGGGGCUGCUUUGCUGAGAGGAGAGUGGAAAACAGCUGUGGACUUGAUCUUGCAGCCACGAGAGGAUGAGAUGCCAGAAAUUGAUGAAGCAAGAAAGUAUUAUGCACGAACUCAUGACAUUGAUGGGGCACUCCAAAGAUUCCCGCGGCAAAUGGGUUCAGAAAGAGCUUUGCUAAGCGGCUUGAAGAAACAUCCUGGAAAUUGGUUGUCGGCAUUCGGUUGUAUACCGAGAACUAUGCGACUGAUGUUUGUGCACAGUUAUCAGAGUUAUAUGUGGAACCAUGCUGUCAGUCAUCGUUUAAAAACAUAUGGAGUUGACCAGGUUGUCGAAGGUGACCUUGUUUAUCGGGAAGAUCUCGAAGGAGGUGCAAACAGUGAAGUCGUAGAAAGCCCGCCAAGAUCGGAAAAAGUGGAGGACAUCUCAGAAGAGGUGGCUGAAGAGGAAGCAGAAAUACCUGAUGAAACUGUUGAUGUUGCUCGUGAAGCCUUAUCGAAAGUCAAGUAUGUUACAGCUGAAGACGUCACUUCUAAGAUGUACAGUAUCACUGAUGUUGUACUACCGCUACCUGGUUCUUCUGUAAUGUACCCGAAAAACAGCACAGCUGAUGUAUAUCAAGAGCUAGCAAGCAAGGAUUCUAUCGAUCUAAGUAAAUGUUCUCACAAGGUGAAGGAUUUUUCCAUUUCACAUAUGACUGGCGGUUAUCGGCGCAUUGUGCAGAAACCCAAAAACUUUGAUUGGAAAGUCAUAAUGUACAAUGAUGUAACAGAAUCUUUGAUAGAGAGUGACUUGGACGUAAUCACCAAGGUUUCUGGUGAUGAUAAAGAAAAGGUUCCUGGGAGUGUGGAAGGAGGAGCUUUUAAGGCUCUCCAGUUGCGGUUUUCACUACAAACGUCCUCCUAUGCGACAAUGGCAAUUCGAGAGCUUUUGAAAACAUCCACCUCCGUGGCCUUCCACAAGACGCUGAAUGAGGAAACUGAGAAGUCAGGACUUCAUUAGUGUCAUGGAAAUAGAGGAUGAGAUCAGCAAUUAAUACCGAAGCAUCGUGAAAGUCCAGGUAAGUUUUCUGCGGGAUUAUUGGGUGGAAGUUAAAAUUAAUGAUCUGAAUUAUUUAGCCUGCAGGCGUUGGCAUUAAAAUAAUGCACUGUUCUUUGCUGGAGAACCGGAUGGACUGCGACCAGUGGAACCAAAUACCAGGAAACAUCCUCAAAUAACUGAGUGAACCAUUAAUUUGGAGCAGGAAUCAAGAUAUUUGCUGAGUAGAUUCGUGUCCUCACAUGACAAUUUUUCUCCUUUGAGAAUAGUUGACGUGAUCAAACGUAGAAACAAAUGCCUCUCCGCAACGAUUUUGCACAGAGUUAGUUCAACAGUAUGUGAAGAACGACAACAAUUUUGUCAAUUACUGUAGUGUUUAUGGUAGCAACAGUAAUUUUAGAUUGUUUAGGAAACGUAAUUGAUGUAAAAGUGAAGGUGGAGUCGGCAGGAUUUCGAGUUAUUCGUAUCUGGGCACAAUUUUCAGAUUCGAAAGAACUGUGUUUGAGUUGUCGAGCUUGCUACACAGGUUAUCCGUCUUUGAGGGACAUAGCCAUGACCAGACUAUGGGGUAUUUCUUAAAUAAUACAGGAAAUGUCAUAGAUUUGUUCACACAAUUUAUGGAGAAUCAGG